AUGCUUAUCCUACAGAGAUGGGAACCAAUCAUAUCACCGACGUUUCCAGCCUAUAUACCCUUCUGGAUAGAGCUACAAGGGAUACCGCUACACUACUGGCAAAGAGAUCUACUAUACAGUAUAGGCGAAGAACUAGGAGGAAUGCUGAAGCACGAAAUUACCUCCACAACAGCAAGAAUCAAAGUCCUCAUCAAUGGACUCCAGCCGCUGGUGAAAGAGACUGUCAUUGAAUAUUCGGAUGGAGCAGAAUCCAUUGUCUCUCUGGAGUAUGAAGGCCUCGAAAACCACUGUAGGAUUUGCUACAGGCUGACUCACGACACCUACAAAUGCCAAGAAACAAGAGGAGAGGGUCAAACUACAGAACCAACGGAAAGAAGAGAGCGGCCACUACACAACCAUCAGGAAACUCAACCCAAAGGAGGAGACUUUAACAAAAGAGUAGACAGGUACGACAAACCUUUUGGAGUCCGGGCCUCACAGAAAGAAAGAAAUGCAGAGGAGGAUAGCUACGGGAGAAACCAAACCAGUCGCUGGACUGACUCUCCGGGCUACCGCAGAGAGAGAACCCCACCUCGGACAAGUCAACGCAACUACCAACCUACUGAUCUACGACAAACCCUACAAAGCAGAGGAGAGGAACGACGCAGACAUCAACCAACACAACAAAUAUGGAGGGAAAAAGAAAGAGAUGCAAGAAGAACACCACCGAGGAGAGAGGAGUCAACGACGUCAAGACCUAGCCAGAACCCACUGGGGAGAACACUGGACUUCAUGGGUUCUCCAAGCACCCACACAAUACCAACAUUGGAGGAGGCUAUGGCAGACCUCCAAGAGGUCACGGUCCGGUACGUUAACUGCGGGGACCCAGUAGAAAGUGAAGCACAUAGGCAACAAGUACUUCAAGGAGAAAUGGAGGGACUAAUGGCCACUACAGCUGCAAACAUGGUGGCAGCGGCAGCAGCGUCAGCUCAAGCAUAUCAAGAACAAAUACAAGAGCAACAAACACAAAUACAAAUUCAAGGGGAGACGCAGGGCAACUACACCAGGAGGAGGAGAGACUACAUGUGCCUGCAGUACAAAAAAGAGGACGACCACCACUCGCUAGGAAAACCGUGGGAAAGAGCCCUAUGA